AUGGCUGAUUCUCGUCGCUCUGUCACUGCUACCUCGGACUCCGCUCGCGAUGGUGAAAGCGCGGAACCACAGCUGCCACAAGGCAGCGAUUACAAUCCUGGCGACAUAUGCUGCGUCCACGAGACUAUGGCGACAGUCGCCGAGCACAUACUCAAAGGGAGCCCCGGAAUCAAGGACGACCCCGUCCUGGUGAAGCAGUGCACAGACUCGCUCUUUCGCAUCUAUAACUUCGCCUUGGACCCUUCUCGACGUCUAGGCAGGGCGCGUCCAUGUGUCCUGUUUACGCCGGCCAAUCGUGAUCAGCAGGGCCACUACCCCGACAAUCGAAUCUACCGGCCGGGCCCUCUCAUCUGCAUAAUGGCCACAUUUGACGGGAAGCCGCCGAAAGACAGGGUUUACCUGGAUUUCAUGGUUCCCGUCUUCCCGAACUGCGAAGAGGAGGAUGGCAACUCACCUUCUGCGCGUCCCGGCUCCGGGUCUCUGCGUAUCUCGGGACCACAGCCUUGGAAGCAUGAGAAGCAACUGAUAAUCGCGUUCCGGUAUCGCUCCCCGAGUCAGGUCCUUGGCACCUGGCCGCUCCGCCCGAAUGGCCGCAAAGGAGGGUCGAAGAUGUCCUUACCCAGCAUACCCGAUAGCGGCGUAACGGGUCCGGAUUAUUGGCUCGACAGGGAGGCAUAUGCCUGGCUGGUGAAGCAGUGCAAUCAGCGGCUUGACGAGUGGUCCGCGCAGUGUGAGGCCGACCUCACUUUCGCACCGCGCUGUGCACAGGAAUACAGGAGUACCCGUGCCGCAGCGGCUCUGGAAUGGGCGUGUCACUUCGCCGCGCCACAGUCGCCCAUCUAG